UAAUGAACUAAUAAUUUGUGCUUUGAUUACAGCAGGCAUUAGUGGAGCAGCUGUAAUGACCCAGGAGCAGACAAUAGCCGGAGCACAGAGCUGCAGUCCGCUCCAGUGUGAAACGUGCUGUUAGCAGCCCAUUAGCGUCUGCUUACACCUCUACACCCGGUGUCCUUCCGCGGGAAUCUAGGUCGCGUUUUCCCACCGACCGCCGAGCACGGCUCUCUCUGGUAACUGAAUAGCCAGUGUAAUCUGACACUUCAACUUGCCGUGCUCUACGGUAGUUGAUUCAGUCAGUCACUCACACCGUCUCCGGGGCUCUCACGUCGUCUUUGUGAAGUGGAGGCAGCGAGACAGAGGAGCACCGUAAACACGAGGUUUGGAGAAACAAUACGCGGAUCCGCCGCAGAGGUCCGAGCGCAAAAUCACCGCUUAAGGAGGGGGGUCAGUGAAGGACUGUGCGUGAGGAAUACAUGAAGGGCGGGGUGGGGGAGGGGGCGGCCACCACCACAGCGGCAGUACCACCAAGGUCAAAGUUCACACAGACUCGCUCUGUGAUUGAUGAGGAUUAAGGAACGGAUUUUGCCUAAUAGGAAACACAGGAGCGUCCUCAUCCACAACUGAGUACAGAACUUUUUAAUGGCGUCCCGGUAGAGACAUCAAGAUGAACACGUUACCAUCAAUGGACCGGCACAUCCAGCAGACCAAUGACAGGCUGCAGUGCAUCAAACAGCACUUACAGAACCCGGCCAACUUCCACUCAGCGGCCACAGAGCUGCUCGACUGGUGUGGAGAUCCCCGGGCCUUCCAGCGACCUUUCGAGCAAAGUCUCAUGGGAUGUCUGACGGUGGUGAGUCGUGUCGCUGCUCAGCAGGGCUUUGACCUGGACCUGGGCUACAGGUUGCUGGCUGUGUGUGCUGCCAACAGGGACAAAUUCACCCCCAAGUCUGCAGAAACCAGCACCUGCAGGAGAUGUCAGAGUGACUCAGCCCUGCUGUCGUCGUGGUGCGAGGAGCUGGGUCGUCUCCUCCUGCUGCGUCACCAGAAGAGCCGGCAGAACGAACCGCAGGGAAAAGUCCCCAUGCAGCCCAGCAUGAACAGCAUGAAGCCCGGCCUCACACACAGUGAUGGAUCCUUUCCCUAUGACUCUGUCCCCUGGCAACAAAACACCAACCAGCCCCCUGGGUCAUUGUCUGUGGUCACAACAGUGUGGGGCGUGACCAACACGUCACAGAGUCAGGUGCUAGGUAACCCAAUGGCAAAUAGCAAUAACCCCAUGAACCCUGGAGGUAACCCCAUGGGAUCAGGUCUGUCUGCCAGCGCUGCAGGGCUCAACUCACCCCAGUUCAGUGCUCAGCAGCAACAGUUUCCAAACAAAGGAGGCUCCAACCAACCGUACAUGCAGCAGGGCAUGUACGGCAGGCCUGGCUACCCCGGAGGUCCUGGGGGAUACAGCGGGAGCUACUCUGGAGGCCCAAAUCCUCCUCCAGGAGGUAUGGGACUGACCUCCCACACACGUCCUCCCGGUGACUUCACUCAGCCAGCCGCCGCCGCUGCAGCUGCUGCUGUCGCCGCUGCUGCUGCUACGGCAACAGCCACAGCGACGGCCACGGUGGCAGCUCUGCAGGAAACCCAGAAUAAAGACAUGAACCAGUAUGGACAGAUGUGUUCUUCGUUCCAAAUGGGCCCUGCGCAGGCCUACAACAGCCAGUUCAUGAACCAGCCAGGCCCACGAGGCCCCCCUGGAGGUAUGAAUCCAGCCAGCAUGGGAUCAGCCAUGAACAACCCCAAUAUGAGUGGGCCUCCCAUGGGCAUGAACCAGGCUCGGACCCCAGGCAUGGUACCUUUCGGAUCUCACGGCCAAAGGAUGCCUCAGCAAGGGUAUCCCGGAGGACCUCGACAGGGCAUGCCCAUGCAGGGGAUGAAGAGGCCAUAUCCUGGGGAAGGGAGUUAUGGGGGUCAGCAGUACGGGCCAAACAGCCAGUUCCCACCCCAGCAAGGCCAGUACCCCUCAUCGAACGCCUCCAGGCCGCUGCCAUCUCCAAACUACCCUGGCCAGAGGAUGCCAGGGCAGCAGGGCCAAGGACAGUACCCACCUGGCAUGCCCAUGGGCCAGUACUACAAGCAAGAGCCCUUUAAUGGUCAGAGCACCAACUUCUCUGGAGGCGGAUACUCCUACGGCCAAGGCAACGGGCCCCCGAGGCCCGGAAACUACCCCCACUCCCCGGUCCCUGGAAACCCCACACCCCCUAUGACCCCAGGAAGUAGUAUUCCUCCGUACCUGUCGCCAAACCAGGAUGUGAAGCCCCCGUUUCCACCCGACAUGAAACCAAAUAUGACAGCACUUCCGCCCCCUCCGACUAACCCCAACGAGGAGCUGCGGCUGACGUUCCCAGUCAGGGACGGAGUGGUGCUGGAGCCGUUCCGCUUGGAGCAUAACCUGGCUGUCAGUAACCACGUCUUCCACCUCCGACCCUCCGUCCACCAGACACUCAUGUGGAGGUCAGACCUUGAGCUCCAGUUUAAGUGCUACCACCAUGAAGACAGGCAGAUGAACACCAACUGGCCCGCCUCCGUCCAGGUCAGCGUCAACGCCACGCCCCUCACCAUCGAAAGGGGAGACAACAAAACCUCCCACAAACCCCUGCACCUGAAGCAUGUAUGCCAACCUGGAAGAAACACCAUCCAGAUUACAGUCACCGCCUGCUGUUGUUCCCACCUGUUUGUGCUGCAGCUGGUCCACAGGCCAUCUGUGCGAUCCGUCCUCCAGGGGCUCCUGAAGAAGAGACUCCUUCCUGCAGAACACUGCAUCACCAAGGUUAAGAGGAACUUCAGCAGCGUGGCGGCCUCGGCGGGCAGCACUACUCUCAACGGGGAAGACGGUGUGGAGCAGACGGCCAUUAAAGUGUCGCUGAAAUGUCCCAUUACCUUCCGACGCAUCCAGCUACCCGCACGAGGGCACGACUGCAAACAUGUCCAGUGCUUCGAUCUGGAGUCCUACUUGCAGCUCAACUGUGAGAGGGGGACAUGGAGGUGUCCUGUGUGCAAUAAAACUGCAUUAUUAGAAGGUCUGGAGGUGGACCAGUACAUGUGGGGAAUCCUCAAUGCCAUCCAAAAUUCAGAGUUUGAGGAGGUCACUAUAGACCCUACAUGUAGCUGGCGACCGGUCCCCAUCAAGUCUGAGCUACACAUAAAAGAGGACCCUGACGGGCCACUUGCCAAGCGCUUUAAGACCAUGAGCCCCAGUCAGAUGACCAUGCCCAAUGUGAUGGAGAUGAUCGCCCAGCUAGGGCCUGGCCCAGGACCUGGACCUGGCCCCGGACUAGGACCCAGCCCCUACCCACCACACCCUAAUCAACAUCCUAGUGGCAACGGGGGAGAUUACCCUGGAGCAGGCAACACUUACCACAGCCAAGGGAACUUUGACUUCCCUCACGGGAACCCCUCUGGUGGUGGAGUCGGAGGAGGUGGAGGAGGUCCCCCGAUGAAUGACUUCAUCCAUGGCCCACAGCUCUCCCACCCCCCAGAUGGACCUGGUGGUCUCCUCUCCCAGGACAAGCCCCUGACCCAUGGCAUGAAUGAUGCAAUGUCCCAUCCCGAUCAGUCCCAUAACUCCAUGCAGCAGAGCUUGCAUGCGUCUCCCCACCCCGGCAGCCAAUCAGGGCCGCCCUUACAUCACAGUGGCCAGUCAGGGCAGCCCUUGCAUCACAGCGGGCAACCAUCGCAGCCGCCUCGCCAGUCGCAGCCGCAGCCUCAGCAACAGCCUCAGCCGCAGCCUCAGCAACCUGGGCAGAACAGUCACCCCCACAGCGAUCUGAACUUUAACCCCUCCUCAGAUGGGCAGAUGGGUCAGGGAGCCCAGGAUAUGCCUGAACCCUCCCUGGAUCUUCUUCCAGAGCUGGCCAACCCAGACGAGUUACUGUCAUACCUGGACCCUCCCGACCUCCCCGCCAACAGCAACGACGACCUUCUCUCCCUCUUCGAGAACAACUAGCCCCUCACCUCCCCUAAAAAAAAACCCUCCUGCACCUACAGGAGUCGUGACGUGUUUGACUGUCUGUCCACAGACACCUCACCGACCUCCUAUCGAUACUUCAAGCAGCUUCCUAUGCUCACGCACGCACACACAUACACAGUCUAUCAAGAGAUGAUGUGUGGCAUGGGAGCGCAGCUGUAAAGAGGCGCCUGUUUGGGAAUUUCAGUGGAGAACGCAGGAACGCCGCUCCCUUUCUUUCCCCACCGCACUCCCCUUUUUGUCCUUGUGUAAAGAUUCCACGCACCAGUUCCACCGCCUCUGACUCGAAACACGCCAUUUACAGCCAUGUUGGCGGGCACUAAAGUGAUAUUAUAUAUAUACAUAUAUGAUAUUUGUGACUUUUAAACUGAAAACUGUGCAGCUAUAAUCAUCAUGUGUAAACAACACGGAGGAGACGGGAGCCGUUGUGGGCUCGAGGUAAAGUGUUGUAGCUUUGUUUGUUUGUUUGUUUGUUUUUUUAUUAUAAUUUUCCUUUUGUGAAAAAAACAACAACAACAGAUGUCUUGUAAGAGUGUUUUUAUCCUAUUUGAAAUGUGUUCUUCCAAAACUUUGGCACACGCCAUGCCCCUUUGACCUCCCCUCAGACUCCUCAGUGUGUGUGUGUGUGUGUGUGUGUGUGUGUGUGUGUGUGUGUGACAGUUGAAUAACUGGAACUCAUCAGAAUCAGAGCACUGAAAGGACGAGCUAAAACGUCCUCGAGUGUCAACAGAGGAAACGAGCGCACAUUGUGCAAUGUAGUGUGUGUGUGUGUGUGUGUGUGUGUGAGUGUGUCGGUGUGUGUAUAUAUAUGUACAUGUGUGUAUGUUUACGUGUCCUCUUUGGUUUGCCUGCGAGCGUAUGUAAAAGACAGCGGGGGAGGGAAAGUUUGAGACAGAGAAGGGAAGGAAAAUAGUGAAUGAAAGAAAGAUAAAGCAGAGCUGUCUCUACUUUUCCUCCGCCUGGUCGUUCUCGUGUAUUUAUUGUAAAUGUUUCGCUCUUCCUCAUCAAAUUAAGCACCAUUUUGUUCACAAGUGCAUGUGUGCCAAUGGCUCCUGUUGUCUUUGUCCAGCCUAAACAUGCUUGAUCAAAUAAUUUUCUCUCGUCUUUAUAUUUAUUAUUUCAAACUCAUCAGUUUCUUUUUUAAAUUGUCAUCCUUUUUUAUGUGUUUUAUCUUUGUCCCACAUCAUUAAUCAGAAACAUCACCAAAGUUGUCCUAUGGUUUUUAUAAAAGGGGGUCGGGCCUGAGCAGGAUUUCAACAUCCUACAGAAGUUUUUAAAAUCACUGUGUUUUAUAUAGAAACGUCUGUGUGUGAUUACUCCGAUCUUUCCUUUUGUCAUUUUGUUACUGUUGAAUUGCAUCUUUUUUGGGGAAAAAAAACAUCCUGCAUGAUCCAACAGUGUUUCCAGAGCUGUUGUAUAUACCCUUUGUGAAUACUUUGUGACUGUACAGUACUGUACCUAUCUAUUACUGGCAACUACAUGGUACUGUAUGUGUGUUAAGGACUAUACGCACACUCACACACACUCACAAACACACACAGAAUCCCUUAUAACCAGUCCAAUAUUGUAUCCAAUUGAUCCAAAUGCACUCUCACUGGCCUUGUAUCGAGUCCCUGUGUGUUUUCAUCAGUGAAAAGGAAUAUUCAAAUUGCUCAGCAGGCUAGUUUUAAGUUUUUUAUGUGUAAGAAUUGGUCAGCUUUAAAAAAAUUUCUGUCGAAAUGAUUUUUAAGCAGCUUAGAGGUCCAAAUUUCUCCAGAAGUGAUUUAAUAUUUUUGGAACAAGUGACCUCGUCCUCUUUAUUUAAGUGAGAAUGUGCAAAAUGUCCUCUGUUUUGAGUCCUGUCAACGAGCUUUUGAUGACCAUACCUAGCAAAAAUGUGGGAAUUGUGUAUUUUCAUCACACUUUAUAUUGUUUUAAGUUAUUUUUUUUGUCCAGUGUUUUUUUAAAGUAUAAUUUGGUUUACACAGUUUUAUGCAGUACAGUCAACGAAUCUAAAAUAUACUUUAUGUUGUCUGAUAAGAGUCCCCCCCAUUUGAGAUUUGUAAUAUGUUUGAAGAACCAAAUAUGGCUUUUACUGAUCGUCAGAAAUUGAUCAAAUCACCUGCAUAUGACACAGUUGAAGGAUCAGAUGUUGUAUGUGUUUGUUUCUAUGUUUGUUAAAGACAAUGCACUGCCGCAUUGGGAUGUUUUAUUUCCCUACACAGUGUGUAACUGUAACUGCAACCUUUCACGAAAUCACGUCUAGUAAUCUGAGCGACACAAAUUGUACUGUCUGAUCGCAGACGCUGGAAAUUGAGGAUUUAAAAGAGAAUGCGAUUAAUAUUGUAAAAUGGAUUUUGGGGGAGACGAGCUCCUAUUUGCAUACAAGGGGAGGUUGUGGCAGAGGGUUGGGGGCGGGGUUUGGGAUGUAAGGGAUUACGUGUAUAUACUGUAAAUGACAAAUAGAGACACGUUAACAGAAAUGUAUUCAUUUUCUCCAGGGGGAGUGUGCAUAGUGUAUUUAGAAUUUGUAAAGCUUGCAUCCUCCUGUCAGACAUUGAAUUGGCAAAAUGAGUCUGUGUUUGAUUGCGUCUGUGCAGACCUCUCUAACCACGCCUGUUCAUUUAUGGAAGAUACUUUAUGUGCCCCUCCACGUUGGGGUCUCCGAGAGAAAAAAAAGACAUUUUUCCUUUGUGUAAUAUUAAACUUCUGUGUAUUUCUCUAUUACCUGUGUACUUUAUAAAGGUGCUACAAAAUUAUUAAAACCUUUGAGGUAUAAUUGGGACUUGGAGACGUUGAGCUUUUGGUGGCUCUUAAGGGUUGUUUCCAAAUUUACAGUUUGUAAAACAUUUUUGUCAAAUUGAUGAUUUUUAUGCAAUUUGGCGAAUAUUAUGCUAUAAAGGUACAAUCUGAAGUGAUUGGCACAACAGGUGGCAGUUGUCUCUUUGGUUUUGUACAUUCUAUGUACAAUCAUUUCAUAUUCUAAACUGGUCAGAAAAACAUUGUGAUUUUUAGUCUUGCAAAUCUGUAUGUAGUUAGAUGACGUGACAUCCUAAUAUUUAUCUAAUAAAUAUGUAUUCAGAUGAAACACAA